AUGUACCAAGCCAAUCACAGCGCGGAUGGACGGCAUGCUGCUCGACGUCACGGGAAGUCGUCUGCUACUAUUUCUACUCUUCGUCUCGUCGUUUCUGACUUGGAUUCUGACCUGGCAUCUCUCUUCUUUUCAUCUCGUCAGCGGCUGUUUCCAUCAAGCAAUUCCCCUGCAGUUGCUCGCUGCCAACGAGAUCUCCCGGGCACGGGAGACAAUCACCCUAAACCCCUGUUGGUGCCACUAUUCUUACCCUUCAUAGAGCACCUUCUGCAUAUUAUCCUGCAUCUUGCACUCGUGACCGAUCGCUUUUUUCCUGAGCUUGUUCGUGCCAGGGAACUCUGCGCUCCCUCUGUCCUCCCUUCCGUCGACGAUUGCCUCGCGCGGUCAAUUCCCACCAGGGGAAACCGGAUCGUCAUCUUCUGCUCCACUUGCGUCUUUUUUUAG